AUGGUGUCUGCUCUUUUCGAUCACCUCCAUCGUGCUCAGGCUGCCGUUCUCGAGAAGCUACUGCAGUCCUCGAGUACCAAGUCCGACAGUGGUGAUCUCAUUGUGAAUGCUGUGAACAGCGAUGGCGCUACGCCCCUCCACCUAGCUGCCGACGGAGGAAGACUCUUAUUGGUGAACCUUCUACUGCAGCACGGAGCAGAUGUCGGCCUGACGACCAACGCUGGUGACACGGCACUUAGUAUAGCAGUGCAGAGGAAGCAGUGGAUCAUUGCUGGAGCUCUUGUUGAGCACGUCGGGAAGGUAGACUACCUCCACCCUCGAGGGGUUCGCCCGAUACACUAUGCUGCAUGGCAUGGCAAUAAGGAUAUCGUGGAGUUACUUAUCGACAGUUCAGCAGAUAGUGACGUAGAGGACCCCUUUGGGAACACUGCGAUGACCAUUGCCGCUUACUGGGGGGAUCUGCCCGUGUGUGCGUUGUUGCUAUCGAGAGGAGCAGCGAAGGACUCCACCAACUCUCAAGGGCUAACACCGUUGCAUGUAGCAGCAGGCAACGGGCAUAUGGACUGCGUUAGAGCACUUGUCGAUGCUGGAGUAGAUAUCAAUGGCAUUCCAGAGAAGGAUAAGGCAUGCGCCACUUCAGUUGCCUUGGCGGCCAGAUUGACACCUCUGCAGAAGCAGGUUCCGACCCCUGCAGAGCUGGCCUUGCUCCAUGGGCAUCUGAAGACCUUCGAGUAG